AUGGAGCGGAAAAGGCCUGAGGACGCGGAGCAGGAGUCUAUACGCCCCGUGUCCUCCCUCCUAUCGCAUUUUGAGAACUUAUCCCAAAGCAAGCCGGCUCGCAGGACUUUAGACCGGGCCGAAACCUCGUCAGGCUUCUUAAAAGCGCCGGCCAGAGAUGAUGAUGCUCCCCUGGGCCGCUCUUCGCUGGAUCUGCCGCGCCCUGAAGGGAUGUGGACCCCCACACGAUCUGAGAAUCAGCACAGCAUCAGAGGGCCUUUACAGCCUGCGCAAACUGGAGAUUCACCAAGCAGGCGACGCUUUACUCGACCGUUAUCGAUGAGCUUCCAAUCCACUCCGCCUCGAGGUCCAAUUUUGACUGUUGAAUCGCCGCGCUCCCCUCCCUCGAAUAGUUUCAUUUCACCCCGGAGAAAUCUGUUUAAUGGUUCGCGGGAUGAUAGGGAUACUCAAUUACGUGGCACAUCGCCCUCCAUCCGGCGCAGCCCCAGUCUCUCGUCGGCGCGAUCCAAAACCCCGUUGAUUGACUCGUCAGGCUCGGUAACUCCAGAUGGCAGGCGACUUGUGGACAGAGAUCAGGACACUAGCAAAAGCCCUAAAUGUUCAUCGCAGCCUCCGCCAGUCAACCGAGCUGAAAAGCCUAGAAUACCGGUAAAGAACACACCUCCCAGCAGCCCUGAGAAGUCCCCCGCGCUUUCAACAGCUGGAGCGAGAUCUUCACGUCUCCUUUCGUCGUCUCCGUUCUCUCUCGAUUCUCCUGCUCGAUACGCCCGGCUUGAGCCUUUGCAAUCAUCAUCCCGAUCACCUGGAUCACGUUCCCGGGAAAUCAGUCCCUCAAAUCAAACAAAACCGAAACCAAUUCCCAACCGUGAUACGAAACCACCGCCGCCACCACCCCCGAUGAAGAGAAAGGGAACUGUGAAAAGGAUCAAAACAGCAGAGAAUCUUACUAGCAAGCCUGCCACCAACGAUGAACCAGAAGACAGACCCGGCUUGCCUCCCCGUUCUAGGUCUCCCGCCUCCCAAAGAGUUCCUUUGCCUCGACCGACGGUGCAAACCAGCUUGGAUAGCUCGAAUUAUCAACCUUCGUUAUCGGUCUCGCCCCAGGGCCAGGAUGUCAACCACAAACAAGCACUACGAGUCCUUAAUGGCGAGUCUACUGUAAACUUCCCACCACCUCCCCCGCCUCGAAGAGAAACUAGCAAUAUUUCCAUACGACCAGCUUCAGAGAGUCACCAUUCAACGCCAUCAACCCCUAUGACCCCUAUCCCUCCCCGAUUACCGAACAAUUCGUCGACAAUCUCGUCAAAACUUCACAUCUCCAGUGUUCCACGGGAGGAGGCAACGGAACCUCGAAUUGUCACAGACGAAGGGGCCAUUCCACGAAUGGACUACCCGGAUGCGUCGCAUACGAACCGACGCGCACCUGUAUUUCGCACGGGCACUCGUGGUAUUCAUAUAAAACACGAUACAAGGGUAUUUGAUGUCUGCGGACAAUAUGCCUGUAGUACCGGUUACUUCACUAGGGUAUGGGACCUUAUAUCUGGCGAGCAAAUCCUAAGCAUAAGCCAUGGCGAGUCUGUAAAAGGCUUGGCUAUUGCUUUUAAGCCAGGAAAAACUGUGGAUGAUGAGGGGAAUGUUAUAUGGAUUGGGAUGGGCACUGGAGAGAUUUACGAAAUUGAUAUUACGACGCAGGCCAUCGUCUCGUCUAGAUCCUCGCCUUCACGACGAGAGAUAAUCAAAAUAUAUCGACACAAGAAAGAACUCUGGACGCUAGACGAUGACGGAAAGUUGCUUAUAUGGCCUCCAGAUGAAUCUGGCUCGCCAAAUCUUCAGUACAGUUAUCACAAUUCUCACGACAGACUUCCAAAAGGACACACGUUUUCGAUGGUCGUAGACGGAGUUUUAUGGUAUGCAACUGGCAAAGAAGUCAGAUUGUAUAAACCAAGCACCGCCGAUACGUCCUUUCAAAUAUUCAAAACCCCUCUUGGAAAGGUGCAUUCUGGGGAUGUAACCUCCGGUACCGUCUGCACGAAAAAGCAUCUGGUGUAUUUAGGACAUGCUGAUGGGAAAGUGACGAUGUAUUCCGCCCGAGAUUUUACGUGUGUUGGCACCGUCAAUGUGAGCGUGUACAAGAUUAGCUCGCUUGCAAUUGUUGGCGACUAUCUUUGGGCUGGUUAUAAAACGGGUAUGAUAUACGUGUACGAUACAUCCACAGACCCGUGGACGGUAAAAAAGGAUUGGGAAGCGCAUCAUCAUGGUGUCUGUGGGCUACUACUGGAUCCGAGUAGCAUUUGGACGGUAAACAGGCUCCAGGUUGUCUCCUUGGGUGUUGACAGUUAUAUUCGCGUUUGGGAUGGAAUGCUAGAGGAUGAUUGGCUUGAGUCGAAAAUGCAGAAUCGAGAUGUCGAUUACUGUGAAUUCCGUGAAAUUACAGCCGCCGUCCUAACAUGGAACGCGGGUGCAGCAGUGCCAGGAAACCUAUCGAAUAGCAAUUUCAUCGGAGAAGCCAUCAACCCCGAAAAUCCGCCAGAUAUUCUAGUAUUCGGCUUCCAGGAGCUUGUUGAUCUUGAAAAUAAAAAGAUCACGGCAAAAAGUCUACUAAAAGGAAGCAAACGGAAAGAUCAUGAUAUGGAGCAUGUGAGCCGGCAAUAUCGUGUUUGGAGAGACCAUCUUGCGCUGUGUAUCCGCGAAUUCAUGCCGCUAGAUACGACCUAUGUCUUGCUUCACACAGCAAGCCUCAUUGGGCUGUUCACCUGUGUAUUUGUGAAGCAGGAAGAGCGCCAAAGGAUCAAGAACAUAAGCGCUGCGGAGGUGAAGCGAGGGAUGGGAGGCUUGCAUGGAAAUAAGGGCGCUCUCAUUCUCCGAUUCAUCCUGGAUGAUACGUCGCUCUGUUUCGUUAAUUGUCACUUAGCGGCUGGUCAAACCCAAACCGCCCAUCGCAACAAUGACAUCGCUGGAAUCAUGGAAAGCGACUCCCUCCCAGUCGAGCCAAGUUCUUCGGCACGUAUUGAUCGCUUCGUUGGCGGAGGAGACGGGUCAAUGAUUCUGGAUCAUGAGAUCUGUAUCUUGAACGGUGAUCUAAAUUACCGGAUCGACUCCAUGCCCCGAAAUACGGUGCUUGAAGCUAUCAAAGUGAAUAACCUGCCGAAACUUUUGGAUCGAGACCAGUUGCUCGCAUCGAAGCGAAAGAAUCCCGGUUUUCGACUACGGGCAUUCAAUGAGGCGCCAAUUACAUUUGCCCCUACAUAUAAAUACGAUGUGGGUACCGACAACUAUGACUCCAGCGAAAAGAAGCGUUCCCCAGCGUGGUGUGAUCGGCUCCUUUACCGCGGAGUAGGGAGAAUAAAACAAACACAGUACAGAAGACAUGAAGUUCGUGUGUCUGACCAUAGGCCUGUCAGCGGUCUCUUUAAAAUGCGGAUCAAAACCAUUUCUCCUAAGAAACGUACUGUUAUGUGGGAGACUUGCCAGGAGGAGCUUGCUAAGGAGAAGCGGCGAUUGGCAAGCGAAGCAAGCGUUGACUAUCUUGUCCGUGUGCUCGGGGUAGACCCGAAAGAAGCACAGUCAUUAAUCUCUUCUGCAAGAACAUGA